CCGCCCAAGGCCCUAGGCCAGAUAUUAAAAGCAAACGCCACUCAAACGCGCUGUCUGUCUCUUCUGUCCGCCUGACAGUCACCCCCAGCGCUGCGCUGCAGUACUUGGAGUUUGAGACCUCCGAUAGGACCAAAUACCGUCGGAACUCCAUGAGGAAGGAGGGAGCACCGGCGUCCGUCUCCGGCAUUUCAGCCGGAAAAUUUUCCUUCUGUUUUGAAACUAAGCCCUUGGUCGCUACAUUGCUUGCCGUAACCUUGGUCAUGGCCAUCUGGAAUCUCCAACCCUACUACGACAACCUUCUCUCCGCCACUACAACUCCACCGGAUGCUUCCACCCGCUUUCCUGAGAAAAAACUCUCUGCAGCAGGGCCCGUACCCAACACCGACCCAAACAAGCGUCUCUUCUACGCCUACGGCAACGCGGCCUCUCUAUUUGUCCAGAUGGGAGCCUACCGCGGCGGCCCUCGGACCUUCGCCAUCGUCGGCCUCGCCUCCAAGCCCCUCCACGUAUACGGUCGUCCUUGGUACAAAUGCGAGUGGAUCUCCAACAACCGUUCCUCACCGUCUCUCAAAGCCAAGGCGUAUAAAAUGCUACCCGAUUGGGGCUACGGUCGCGUAUAUACGGUCGUCGUCGUGAACUGUACAUUCUCUGUCAACCCUAACGAGGACAACACCGGUGGAAAGCUCGUGGUGUACGCCUAUUACGGGGAAUCGCCAAAGAGGUAUGAGAAGAUCAUAGCUUUGGAGGAAGAGCCCGGGGCGUAUGACGAAACCAGGUAUCGUCCUCCCUAUAAGUACGAGUAUUUGUAUUGUGGAUCUUCGUUAUACGGGAACUUGAGUGCCACGAGGAUACGGGAGUGGAUGGCAUACCAUGCGUGGUUCUUCGGACCGAGCUCGCAUUUCGUGUUUCAUGAUGCGGGAGGAGUCGGACCAGAGGUGAGGGCGGCGCUAGAACCAUGGGUGCGAGCCGGGCGGGCGACGGUGCAAGACAUUAGGGCUCAGGCGGAGUUUGACGGGUAUUACUAUAACCAGUUCUUGGUGGUGAAUGACUGUUUGCACCGUUACCGCUACGCUGCGAAUUGGACAUUUUACUUCGAUGUGGACGAAUAUAUAUAUUUACCGGACGGGAACACGUUAGAAUCAGUAUUGGAGGAAUUUUCCAAUUAUACCCAGUUCACGAUUGAGCAGAAUCCCAUGUCGAGUUCGCUCUGCUUAAAUGAUUCGACACAGGAUUAUUCAAGACAAUGGGGAUUCGAGAAGCUGAUUUUCCGAGAAUCGCGUACCGGAAUCCGGAGAGAUCGGAAAUACGCGAUUCAGGCAAAGAACGCAUACUCUACAGGCGUCCACAUGUCAGAGAACGUCAUCGGAAAAACACUACACAAGACGGAAACAAAAAUCCGAUACUACCACUACCACAACUCGAUAUCACUAGAAGGGGAGCCGUGCCGGGAGUUUCUCCCCAUUUCAGCGAAGAAUAAUGUUACGUGGGUAGACAAGCUUCCAUAUGUUUACGACGAUAACAUGAAGAAGCUGGCGGAUACAAUCAAACAAUUGGAGAAGAAAAUGAUCGGAGACGUACAUUUGUAGAGUAGAAGAAAUUGCUGGAUUCAUGACUAAACACGCGGAUAUCCUGGUGUGUCGGUGGGAUGAAGAUUGAGGAAAGGUGGCCAUCCGUCCAAUUCCAAAGCCCGAACAAGGAGCCAAGGAGGAACCCGGGAUCUGACCCACCGGUUGGAGCCUUGGAGGGACAGAAAGAAGGGAUUGUUUGAUUGAAAAAUAGAAAGAAAAAGAGGGAAAGAGAGUGGGAGUUGGUCACCAUUACCAGGCACCAGUUGGGUUGGGGGGUGUCCCCCCAUAUCACUUGGAUUUCCUCAUGUAAUGAUGUAAAGGUGUGUUUUUCCUCGUCGGUAUAAGUUUCUUUUUUUUUAGAAAAAUAAUAAUUAUAAAAUUGAAUAUCCUGUCAUGCAUGUAUGAGUGAAAUUGAUGAUUUAUUUGUGGACAACUUAAUUAACGGGCAAGAGAGAGAGAGGCCCACCGACCGCCGUGCAUUUAUGGUAGCAUGUGAUUAAGACGAGAGAGAGAUGGAAAACUAUAAGAAAAGAGAUGAGAUGUUCAUAUCUCUCUCUGAAAUUUGAAUGAUUUGGUUUUGCUUGCGCGUC